AUGUCAGUCGCAUUUUCGUCAGUUCGCCCGAGAGGGAAAGGAGAGGUUACCCAACAAACGAUACAAAAGAUGCUGGAUGAGAACAACCACCUGAUACAGUGUAUCAUGGACUAUCAAAGCAAAGGAAAGACGGCGGAAUGUACACAGUAUCAACAGAUAUUGCACAGAAACUUGGUCUACUUGGCGACUAUAGCGGACUCUAAUCAAAACAUGCAAUCUCUCUUACCUGCGCCUCCUAAUUCAAGUAUGAAUAUGGGUGGAGGAGGAGGAAUUGCACAGAGUGGCGGAGGGCAGUCCCUCCAUUCUCAGAGUAACUUAAACGACAGCAUGACCUCUGGCCUGCCACCUACCUCACUUAUGCAGAGUCAAAUGAGUAAUGGCCCCAGCCACGCCCCAGGUCAUGCCCCUAACCACGCCCCCAUGCAGCAGCAGCAGUCUGGGCAGACGCCGGUACCCUCCACGUCCAUGAGUAUGCCUGCUAGCAGCCAUGGCACUGGGCCUGGGUACAGUCACUCUGUGCCCUCUUCACAGGGUAUGCCACAGGGUGGCUACACAUCCUCAGCAUCUCGUGCCAACCUCAACAUGCAACCCAAUCAAGUCUCAAUGAUGCACCAGCAAGGUGCCAACCCUCACUUCUCCUCAGCUCAAGGUGGAGGCCAGCACUACCAGGGACAACAAUCCAUGGGCAUGCUGGGACAGAGUGGCCAAGGCAACAACAUGAUGUCACAGAGGCCCAUUGGGAGUUACCGGUCCUCGCAACAGGGAUCUGGCCCGCAGUACAUGGGACAAGACGAAUUCUACGGGGAGCAGUAUGGACACAAUCAGAGCUCCAGCGAGCCCAUAAACCAGCAGUAUUACCCUGAUGGUCAUGGAGAGUAUUCCUACCAACAGCCCUCUUAUGCCGAUCAGGGUUAUGACAGGUCGUUCGAUGAAUCUUCACAACACUACUAUGAAGGCGGAAAUUCCCAAUAUAGCCAGCAGCAGGCUCAGUAUCAGCAGGGCUCCGGCCAACAGCAAGCCUUCAGUCAACAACAGUACCCUUCACAACAGGGUUACAGUGGACAGCCUCAGGGCUAUGGACCAGGUCAGGGGGCUUCCUCCCAGUACUCCCAGUAUCAGCAGGGUCAGGGUCAACAGUACUCCUCAUACCGAUCAUCCCAGUCUGGCCCAGGUGCCCAGUCACAGAGACCUUAUGCUUAUGAGCAGGGACAGUAUGGGAACUACCAGCAAUAA